AGUUUGUUGGCAGCUACCUAAACAUCAACUUGCACUUUUCUUCUACAUCCCAAACAACCCAAAAGUGAACUCUCUUUGCCAUUUUAUUGCGCCCUUUUGCUGCGUUUUUUUCUCCUUCUUAUUUUGCCUCCCUUAAGAGUGGGUGGUGGGUGCAAAGAGAAGAAGAAGAAAAAAAAGCUCUCUCUCCCCCCAUUAAGUGGUGCCUCAAGUGAUGUGAAUGAGUGUGUGUGUGUAUGGGGAAAAAAGGAAACAUUUUAUCACUGUGAAAGCAGAAAUUUUCGCACACUGAACGAUGGGAAAGUGCGAGGAAAGUGAAUCAAUUAUUUCUUAAUCGAAUUCCUGAAGAGAAGUCACAGAAGCGCCAUAAAAGUUCAGCUCACAUGGAUGUUGUGAGAUUUUUCGGGAUUUUAGCAGCAUCAUUCCUCAUUCUCAGCACAUCCAUCCAUGGGGAGAGCAUAAAAAUUGGUGGACUUUUUGACACUGAAGAGGAAGACCUCCGACUUGCCUUUGGGUAUGCCGUGGAAAUUGCUAAUACGGAAAUUCUCGAUCCAUCCCAACUACAGCUGGAGGCUCUCCUGGCUGAAGUUCCGGCGGGGAAUGAGUAUUUGGUGUCGAAGAAGUUAUGUCGCCUCCUCAAGAGUGGUGUUGCUGCCAUAAUUGGACCACAAACCCCCACAUCGGCCGUCCACGUUCAAAGUAUUUGCGAUGCAAAGGAAAUGCCCCAUAUUGAGACCCGCUGGGAGCCUGUACCCAACGGCAUGCCCUCACUCAACAUCCAUCCACACGCCCAGACGCUGAGUCGCGUCUUUGUUGACCUCAUUCAUGCCUUCGAUUGGAAGUCGUUUACGAUUCUCUAUGAAAACGCACCAUAUCUCGUACCCAUGGCUGACUUACUGAAGCUCUAUGACCCCAAAGGACACACCAUAACUGUUAGGCAGCUUGAUUUAGGUCUACAGGAUAACUACAGAGCUGUUCUGAGACGUGUUAAAAUGUCCGAUGAUAAGAACAUCAUCAUCCAUUGCUCAGCCACAAUCCUUCCUGAGGUUCUCAAGCAGGCCCAACAGGUGGGGAUAAUGACGGAUCAACAUCAGUACAUUAUCACAUCGCUGGAUUUGCAUACUUUGGACUUGGAACCGUAUCAAUAUAGUGGAACUAACAUCACAGGUGUUCGUUUAAUUGAUCCCGAAGAUCAGAGACUCGUACAGGUGACGAAUUUCUGGAAAACUCUCCAUGAAGAACAGGGCCUAGAGUUGCCUGAAUCAAUGGAACCAGCCAAUAUUAGAACAUCAGUUGCCUUGACCUUUGACAGUGUUCUACUCUUUGCCGAUGCCCUAAAUCAGAUGCACGGGAAUAAGCAAUUGACACCGGUGCCUCUGAGCUGUGACGAUGGGGAUACCUGGGUUAGUGGCUACAGUAUUGUUAACUACAUGAAAACGUCUCAUACAAAAGGCCUAACGAGAGAUAUUAAGUUCGAUCAUCGAGGACAUAGAACAGAUUUCUUCUUGGACAUCGUAGAACUAGGUCCAGCAGGUUUGGAAAAAGUCGGAGUAUGGAAUUCCACAGAUGGACUCGCUUCAGCCAGAGUAGUUCCUCCCUAUGAUUUUAGUGGGGACGAUGGUAGUCUCCGGAAUAGAACAUUUAUCGUUCUAACGGCUUUGAGUCCACCUUAUGGGAUGCUGAGGGAAUCUCCGAAUACCCUUACGGGCAAUGAUCGAUUCGAGGGGUUUGGCAUUGAUCUCAUUCAGGAACUAUCCCAAAUGUUGGGCUUCAACUACACAUUUAAUUUGCAAGAUGACGGAGUCUAUGGUUCAAUAGGACCUGAUGGGAAAUGGAAUGGGAUGAUUAGGGAGCUGCAUGAGUAUCGUGCAGACCUAGCUAUCACGGAUCUAACAAUCACAGCAGAUCGCGAAGGGGCUGUUGACUUCACGAUGCCCUUCAUGAAUUUAGGCAUUUCAAUUCUCUAUCGGAAACCAACAAAGCUCGCCCCAUCGCUCUUUUCCUUCAUGAGUCCUUUUAGCACGGAAGUUUGGCUCUAUCUUGGCUUUGGAUAUCUCGGUGUCUCCAUAACGCUCUUUAUCCUGGGAAGGAUUUCUCCGGGAGAGUGGGACAACCCCUAUCCGUGUGUGCAGGAACCAGAAUUUCUUGAAACACAAUUCACCUUCCGCAAUGCCAUGUGGUUCACAAUUGGAGCCCUUCUGCAGCAAGGAACAGAGCUAGCGGCAAAAACCCCAUCAACGCGAGCUGUUGCGUCAAUCUGGUGGUUCUUCACCCUCAUCAUGGUUUCGUCGUACACAGCGAACUUGGCUGCCUUCCUCACGGUCGAAUCCCUCUCACCGACCAUUUCCAAUGCUGAGGAUUUGGCAAAUUCCAAUGGGGCCAUCAAGUAUGGCGCCAAAAGGGAUGGGAGUACGUAUAACUUUUUCCGUGAUGCCGCGGAUCCAAUUUACCAGAAAAUGUACGAAUACAUGGCGGCAAAUCCCGACCUGCUGACAUCCUCUAAUCCUGAGGGAUUGUCGCGUGUCAAAUCCGAGAAUUACGCCUUCCUCAUGGAAUCAACAUCAAUCGAGUACAUCAUUGAGCGUGAAUGCGACGUGACGCAAGUCAAUGGAUUGCUGGAUGACAAGGGCUAUGGCAUUGCCAUGAGGAAGAAUUCCCCCUAUCGCAAUGCAUUAAGUGCUGCUGUGCUGAAGCUGCAGGAGCAGGGAAAGCUCACUGUCCUCAAAAUUAAAUGGUGGAAAGAGAAACGUGGCGGGGGAGCCUGUUCGGCUACAAGCGAUGAAGGUGGGGCCGUUGCACUGGGAAUUGCAAAUUUGGGUGGUGUCUUCCUCCUUCUUAUGAUCGGUUUGGUGGCAGCUGUUAUCAUCAGUUUCUUGGAAUCCAUUUUCGAUAUCAUGGCACGCGCCAAGGAGCUCAAGAGAGGACUCGAUGGGAAGCCAAAGGAUUUGGAUUUAGCCAAUGUCGGUGGGGUUUUCCUCAUACUCGUUCUUGGUGCUUCAGUAGCCUUCUGCUACGGAUGCUGUGAAUUUUUCACAGCAAUGGUGCGACGAGCAAAGAAACAUCGAGUGUCAUUCCGCGAGGAAUUCAUCGAGGAGAUGAAGUUUGUGUGCAAGUGUCACGGAAACACAAAAAUAGUUCGUCAACGGAAGAGCUCAUCAUCGAAUUCCAAGCUAUCGGAGUCCACGGAGCAAAUUGAGCGUGGCUCAACACGGUCUCGGUCCACCGAAGAUAAAGCAUUCAACAUACCGGACAUGAUCAUCACGAAACCAAAUGGGCCAAAGAAGGAAAAUUGAUUUUCUGCACAUUUUGAAAAUUAAUAAAAUUUUCACUCAAAUGUAGUUUGUGUAAUGAGUGGAGCAAUAAGAUGAGAAUAAACUUGUCACGGUGCA